AUGGUCGCCGACGCCCUCGUCUACCACCCCGCGGUCUCGCACUACCUCAAAUUCGUCGCCACCACCGUCGGCCGCGACAAGCUCCUGCGCCUCCUGCAAUACUUUGCCCGCUUCUACGCCUGGUACCUGCUUCGGACCAACAAGCCGGCCUCGUCGAUCGCGCCAUGGGAGACGAUGAAGAAGCAGUUCGGCCUGGUGCGCAAGGUCAUGCGCGCCGGCAAGAACGUCGAGCACAUCAAGGCCGCGGCAGUGGCGGCCGACAACAAGAACGGCGACCCGAUUCUCAGGUAUCUGGCGGUCGGCCGCCAGCUCGGCUAUGCCGGUUAUUUGACGUUUGAUCUGGGUACCCUGUUGGAUGCGACGGGUAUUCGGAAGACGGAGAGCGCCAAGAGGCUGGCGAGGGAAAGCCAGAGGUUCUGGGUCAUGGGAUUGAGCUGCAGCGUGGUUGCGCAGGCGUAUGCGCUGUGGAGGUUGAGGCAGAGGGAGGCGAGGGUUGAUCGGAAGGAGGGAGAGGGUGUGGUGGAGGCUAAGAGGAUUGAGGUCGAGCGCGCCGCCAGCCGCAUCCAGCUCACCUCGGACCUUUGCGACUUGACUGUUCCCCUGUCGGCUCUUGCCUGGGUCAACUUGGAUGAUGGCAUCGUCGGUCUUGCUGGUACCCUCAGCUCUCUGCUUGGCAUCUACUCCCAGUGGAAGAAGACUGCUUAG